AAAAGAGUGCAGUCUGCCGCAGCGAGUCGGCAAUAGGCACGAUUAUUUUUUACGCGUUAUUUCCUUUUUUUUUUUUAGUUUAAAAAUAGUGUGUGUAACGAUAAUUUUUCCAGUGUUUAGUAAUGGCAGGUUUAGGUAUUGAUGGUUUACUUUGAUGUCAUCGGUUCUCUUCCUGAUGAUUUUUCAACAUUUCUCGGGUUCUCAAGUAGUCUGAACGGUGCCCCAUGUCGGCGUACACAACAACGAAAAUGGCGUUGGAAGAGGAGGCGCAGAUCUGCAGGCUUUGCGGGCAGUGCGAGAGCAUUUACAUUGACGUAUUUGGCGAGGAAGGGACCAAGAGAUAUCUGGGCUUGAAGAUUCACACGAAAAUCAACAUUUUGAUCAAGGAGGAUGAUGGAUUGACACAGAAAGUUUGCAUGCGGUGCAUAGGCACCCUGGAAUUUGUUAGCGAUUUUCACACCAAAUGUCAUGAAACACAACAACAACUUUUACAAGCUAAAGAACGAACAAAAAAAUUGACCGAGCGUGAUGUUAAAAUAGAUUCAGAAGUGGAUAAAGAAAAUAUUUUGCCGAACAACAGCUUGAUUAUAUCUAAUGGAGCUGAAUUAAAAGUCUUGCCUACCACAGAAGAUGUAAAGUUCGAAGGAAACAGACCCUUCGAACAAAUUUUUGAAUAUCACAACAAACAGUCUUUACCAAGAAAGAGCAGUCGCAUUCAGAAGAAAAAAUUAAACAAAGUCAAGAUACUUAAAGAGGAGAACAAGGUUUUUGAACGUGCGACCGGCUCUUUGGAAAAUAUUGGCAAUUUAAGGGAGAACGGAGUAAUGGAAAUUUCAGAGUGUCAAAAUCAGAGAACUUUGCCUAAUAAAACACGUAAAGCAGCAUUGGCCCAGAGCCGUAAUUCUAAAACAAUAAAAACGCAUGGAAAAAGUUGCAAUGGUCUUGGCCAAGGAGGCGCUACACUCACCCAUAGUGACAAACGAAAAAUAGGGCGGAAAAACUGUGGUAAUAGGAAAAUGCAAAAAAAUGAAAGCAAAAAUCUAGCAUGUUCAACUUCGUGGAAGAACAAUUUGAUGGAAAGAGGUGUCAGAGGUACAGGUAGAGCUGUACAGGGGAUUAUUAAAUUCGAUGGUAAAUGUUCCAAGCAUAAUUCUCGAAAUGAGAAUAAUUCCAAGAAAUUCGAUGAGCAGCUUACAACUUUCACUGAGGAUAAAAUUAACGAAUCUAACAAUGUACCAAAUAUGCUAAAAGGUGAGAGCUCAAAUUGGACAAUGAAUCGAAGUGAGAAAUUUGUGAAAUUACGAGCUUGUGCUAUAAUGUCAAUCACACAAUGUUCUUCAAGAGGAGUAGGCGCAGAAUCAGUUGAGAAAAGUCCCCAACCUGGUGAGGAGGCUGGAGAAAUACAAUCCUGGAAGUAUGAUACAACGAAAGAAUGGGCAGAUGACGAUAUUUCAAAAAUUGAAUCUGUACAAGAUGUCGGGCGUGAAACGAAUUCCACAGCAGCUUUGCUGGUGAGAAACUCAGUGAUCAAAUUGGUAAAGGAUGUUCAAACAAAUAGAGGUGAUGAAUUUGCAUCGACAUUACUAACAGUGGUAGGUUCGUCAAACGAUGAAAUAAAUUGUCAAAGAAACGAGUCGAAGAUCAUUGACGCACCAUUGUCUUUAAUAGAUUCAUUGAAGGACGAUGGUUCGCAAGAAUUAAAUAAGCAUAGUAAACGAAAUGUUACCAGUUGUCAGGAUAGACGAAAAAAGUCUGAGGGUCGAUUUGGUAAACUUACCGAACUGAUAACAAACGAGCAGAAGGAGAUCAUAGAAACUCUGUAUACUGUGAACAUGGGUGUAGUCAAUGACGAGAAGGUUCACAAAAAUAUAAAGAUUUUAGAUAAAGUGAGAGUAACGUGUUCAAUAUGUGGAAAGAUAUACUCAAGAAUGGACAAAUGCCAGGUGCAUGUUUGGGGUCACCUAAACAUGAAGCCGUAUUGUUGCAAAUCGUGCGACUUUGUCACACUAACAGUGAGCAACAUUCGCUGCCACAUAAGAAAACGUCAUUUAAAGAUUAAACCGUUCCACUGCAAUCUAUGUGAGAAAAGUUACGGCACUGCAGUCUUGCUAGAGGAACACAUUAAUUCUCAUACGGGCGCAAAACCUUACAAAUGCAAAAUUUGCGACUUCGCCACUUCCAACAGGCAGGUGCUGAGCUAUCACAAAACUACCCAUAAACCCGCGAAAGAUAUAUCCUGCGAGGUUUGUGGCAAGAAGUUUUUCUCAAAUUGCAGAAUGCGAGCACACAUGAUUGUGCACAAAAAAGAUAGGAGUCUGAUAUGCAAGCUUUGCUCCACAUAUCUUUGCAAUGCAGAGGCCCUCAAAAAGCAUUACGACAAGGUUCACUCGCGGGACUACAUCUGCAGUGUUUGCGGUAUACGAACCAAGUCGAAAAAAGCUUUAACCAACCAUGAAAAAGUACAUUCAGCAGCUAAAUACAGGUGUCCACUUUGUUCAAACGUCUACAAAAGUAAACAUAUGCUGAAGGAGCAUAUUCUUAAACAUCAAGGAAUUCGAAAGUACAAAUGCGAAUUGUGCCAGAAGUCUUUUGGCCAACAAUCCCACAUCUCUGCUCAUAUGAGUGUGCAUAUGGGUAAAAGAUAUCCAUGUCCUGGCUGCAGUAAACUCUUCAACCGUAAAGACAAUAUGAGAAUCCAUACACGACGCUGUAAGGUAUUCAAUUCUAAUCCGGAAAUGAAGAAUGUGUGGAUGGAUCAAAUGGAUGCUACCAGUUCUUGUGUAACGAAUACCAAAUCCGUCUCAGUAUCAGAAGCGCCCGCCAUACCAGCUGCUACAAUGCAAGCGUCUACUUAUUCAAAGCCUGAUGAAAAAAUUGAGACUAACUUAGGAAUGACGAAGAUAAACUUACCGGGCACGACUGAUGAGUCUACAUCUUUUAAAUCGACCUCGGACCUACGAGAUUCACGUGACUUUAUACGUGACCAAGGCAUUGGGGAAUUCAAAUCCGACAAGGAUGGAAAAGUUCUACGACUGGGUGAAGUAGAAGUAUUCCCACUGCCAAAUACCAACAUAAUCGCUUUUCAGAAUGAGGGUAAUAUGGUUAUUACCGAGAAUGUACUGAGACCCGAAUGUUUUUAG